AUGAAGAGAGAUCUGGUUUUCUUGGUGACUCUAAUUAGCCUUGCCUUCCUGUUGCUGCUAAGGUCUGGAUAUCCUCAACAUAUUGCAGAGGAGUCCUGUUCUGUUCAGAUUCUUGUUCCAGGCCUCAAAGGGGAGGCUGGAGUCAAGGGGGAGAAAGGUGCUCCAGGUCGUCCAGGCAGAGUUGGGCCUCCAGGAGAAAAAGGAGAAAUGGGGGACAAAGGACAGAAAGGCAGCAUGGGACGACAUGGAAAAAUUGGUCCUAUUGGUUCAAAAGGUGAAAAAGGAGAUAACGGUGACAUAGGACCACCAGGUCCUAAUGGCGACCCAGGAAUCCCCUGUGAGUGCAGCCAGCUAAGGAAGGCUAUUGGUGAAAUGGAUAUCCAGGUGGCCCAGCUGACAACGGAGCUCAAAUUUAUUAAAAAUGCUGUCGCUGGUGUGCGUGAGACAGAUAAUAAGAUCUACCUGCUGGUGAAGGAGGAAAAGAGGUACAAGGAAGCCCAACUCUACUGCCAUGGAAGAGGAGGAACGCUGAGCAUGCCCAAGGAUGAGACUGCCAACAACCUGAUUGCCUCGUACAUCAACCAAGCUGGGCUCACCAGAGUUUUCAUUGGGAUUAACGACCUAGAGAAAGAAGGAAAUUUUGUCUAUUCUGACCGAUCGCCCAUGCAGACCUUCAACAAAUGGCGCAGCGGGGAGCCCAACAAUGCUUAUGACGAGGAGGACUGUGUGGAGAUGGUAGCAUCUGGAGGCUGGAAUGAUGUUGCCUGUCAUAUUACCAUGUAUUUUGUGUGUGAAUUUGACAAAGAAAACGUCUAA